AUGAGAAAGCAUGGAUGGCAGCUUCCUUAUCAUCCACUCCAGGUUGUGGCUGUAGCUGUAUUUCUGGCAUUGGGUUUUGCUUUCUAUGUUUUCUUUGCGCCUUUUGUGGGAAAGCAAUUGUUUCAGUAUAUAGUGAUGGGGAUAUACACUCCACUUCUAAUUUGUGCAUUUGGCCUCUACCUUUGGUGUGCUGGUGCUGACCCUGCUGAUCCUGGAGUGUUUAGAUCGAAAAAAUAUCUUAAUAUUCCUGAUAACAAGAAACCCACCGAACCAACCGAGCCAAACAAUGGUGGAGAGCCUGUUUGUGAUGCCAAGGCUACAACCGUUAGUGUGGAAGCUAACAAUAAUGGAAAAUUGGAUAUGGAGAAGGGAGCUCGUCGUGAUAAAGAAACUGAACGUAAGGGCACAUGCUUCCUGGGAAUUUUGGCUUUAUUGCCAUGUGCUUACGUUUGCAGCUCGCACGAGGAAUCUUCUUGUGAACAGAGUGAAGAUGGGAUGUUCUACUGUAGUUUGUGUGAAGUAGAGGUUUACAAGUACAGUAAGCAUUGCAGAGUCUGUGACAAGUGUGUCGACCGAUUUGAUCAUCAUUGCAGGUGGCUAAACAACUGCAUCGGCAGAAGGAACUAUCGGAAGUUUUUUACUCUCAUGGUGUCGGCUCUUCUCCUGCUUAUACUUCAGUGGUCGACCGGAAUCCUUGUACUUAUCCGGUGUUUUCUUGAGAAGAAGAAAUUUUCAACUGACAUUAGCUCGAAGUUGGGAAGCAGUUUCUCAGUGAUUCCUUUUGUAAUUGUAGUGGCUGUAUGCACCAUAUUGGCCAUAGUUGCAACCCUGCCGCUUGCUCAGCUUUUCUUCUUUCACAUUCUUCUGAUUAAGAAGGGGAUAAGCACGUAUGAUUACAUAAUAGCUCUGAGGGAGCAAGAGCAACUAGGUGGCGGAGGCGAGCAAAGCCCCCAGAUGUCUACUGUUAGCUCUAUUACAGGAUUAAGCAGUGCAAGCUCCUUCAACACUUUCCAUCGAGCAGCAUGGUGCACACCACCACGACUCUUCGUUGAAGAUCAGUUUGACGUGGUACCUCCAGACAACAAGUCCGUUAGUUCACUCGGGAAAAAGACAAUACCAGACGACCAAGCCAAGAAGAAGAAUCCCGGGCCUGUAAAGAUUAGCCCAUGGGCAUUAGCGCGCUUAAAUGCGGAAGACGUUUCGAAGGCCGCUGCCGAGGCCCGAAAGAAGUCGACGAUCCUCCGUCCCAUAACAAGGCCCGGUUCAACCUUUGCCCACGAAACAGACAGCAGCUUCGGCAGCAGCAGCCGUAGGACAGGCCCAAGGCCCGAGAGCAGCCGUAAACGAGGGAGCAGGCGAAUCCGCCUCCCAGCAGACGUGCCCCUCAACCCUCGAGAUCAUCGUCUGGUAACUGAGUCAUCGUCCAGCCUGGGCCCAUUACACCUGGAAGCUCCAAGUGAUUAUCGGGCCGGUAUCCCGGGCCUGGCUGGGGGCAUCAUUGCUUCUUCACCAGAGAGUAGCUUGGAUUCUCCAGAUAUUCAACCGUUUCGGGCUUCCUCUUUGGGCCCGGAAGAGGGGAUGAGGCCUGCUGGGCUUCCUGCUAGCAGAGGUGUGACUAAUCAGGUGGAUAUUCCUUUUUCGAGAUCGACUAGCGAUGGAUAUGAUGCGUCUGGCGGUGAGGACAGUGACCGAGUCCCUACGAGAAUGACGCACAAGUCGAAUAACUGGAGUAACACCCUGUUUGGCUCUGAACCUGAUAGAAAUGUGUCGAAAUUUGGGUCGCCAUCUUCUUCGUCUAUGUUGCCGAAUCAUAUGAAGGUUUGA